CCAACCAAAAAAGUUACAUAGAUUCAAAUCCACCUGAUUAAACUGUAACAUAAAGUCCGUUGACGCAUGAAAAAAUAUUUUAUAAACUUUGCUCCUUUAAACUUUUACAUAUUUACUACUAAUAUGCAGUUCAAAAUUUUACUUGGAUUGCACGGUUAAAUUUAUAACAAAAUAAAUUAAAAGUCCUGCAUACAAAAAUAAAAUUGUGAUAUACGUUUUCGGAGGGAGAUAAACCAAAUAGUUUUUUCCUUCUUCAUUUAAUCAUUGUAAUAAUGGGGACACAGUACGAGUCCGUAUUUGGCAAUACACUGCUUCUUCGCCACAUUUUUUCUCGCAUGGGUGUCGCUCAGCUUAAAACUUGUCGCCAAAUAAACCAGCUCUUCCACUCCUUGGCAACCCCUUAUCUCACUGCAAGGGCCAAAGUCACCGUCAGCGUGUGCAGAUUCAACAUGUACAAGAUAUCUUAUCAACCAGUGUCAUGGCAAGAAUAUUUUUCAGAACGAGUCGCAACCAUGCAAUCCGUCCCCGUUGCAAGUCUAUUCGUCCAACUUCGAGCCUUCCAUUCUCCUCCAACAGCGAGGAACGAUGUCCUCAAUUUGAUAACGCAACGCAGUGGACACGACCAUUGCAUAACUUGGCUUCAUCUGGAUAUCGAAUUUCGAGAUGUUUUCGAAUAUCAGAAUUUUUGUGGGUCAAUUUUCCAGGCGGAAGCUUCGCAUAAAAUUUCCAACUUGAAAAUUAAUUUUAAACUCCAUCGUGCUAGAGAAUCCAUUAGAAUUGGGAGAAUGCAGUUGAAUUCUGAAAAUCACUUUGUGAAAGAAUUGGACUUGAUUAAUUUUCCGUGUGAGAAGGAAUGGGAUGAAGAUUGUGAUACUGAAAAUAUUCGUGAUUUUCUGCACGCUUUUACCAAUUUGGGAAAACUUAAGCUAAAUUGCUUCCCCGGUUUGGUUAAGGGUAUUCUUGAUGGAAUAAGGAAGGAGGUUGUGGUCCUGUCUAAAUUGGAAUCGCUGGAAGUUUGGUUGGAUAAGGAAUCAAUUCUACAAAGUCUGGAAAUACUCCGCCUUCUGAGGGAAACAUCUAACAAAUUAAAUUUAACAAACUUAGCAAUCUUUGACAUUCCUGAACUUGAAGACUUUGAGGAAUUAAAUGCAGUUUUGCUCUCUUACUCAAAAACUUUAAGGACUUUAAAGUUGGAAGUACAAAAAUUUAAGACACCACCUGAACUCACUAGAGGGUUAUUUCCAAAGCUUAACAUAAUGAUAAUUUAGUAGAUUAAGGGUAAUACAAAGGAAUAUGAAUUAUUGGAUUAUAUUUUAAUAAAUAUGCAUGAACUGUGGAAUAUGA